AUGCGCUCGCCUUUGUUGGAGGAGUUCAGGAGCAACAAGAGCAAGAAAUACGAGUUGAAGGAUAUCUUUGGUCACGUUGUCGAGUUCUCUGGUGAUCAGCAUGGUUCGCGAUUCAUACAGCAGAAGUUGGAGACUGCGAAGAGUGAUGAGAAGGAGAUCGUUUUCAACGAGAUCUUGCCAAACUGCUUGCAGUUGAUGACGGAUGUGUUCGGAAACUAUGUUGUGCAGAAGUUCUUUGAGCAUGGUGAUCAGAGCCACAAGACGACUUUGGCGAAGCAGAUGGAGGGGCAUGUGUUGAGUUUGGCAUUGCAAAUGUACGGAUGCCGUGUGGUGCAGAAGGCGCUCGAGCACGUUUUGGUUGAGCAGCAGGCUGCGCUUGUGAAGGAGCUUGACGGACACGUCUUGAAGUGCGUCAAGGACCAGAACGGUAAUCACUGUAUCCAGAAGGCGAUUGAGCGUGUUCCUCAGGAGCACCUUCAGUUCAUCCUGGAUGCGUGCCGGGAACAGGCUUUCGCGCUCGCUACUCACCCCUAUGGAUGCCGUGUUAUCCAGAGGAUCUUGGAGUACUCUGACGACACUGCUCCUUUGUUGGACGAGUUGCACCAGCAUACCGACGCCCUCAUCCAGGACUCGUAUGGUAACUACGUUAUCCAGCAUGUGAUUGAGCGCGGCCAGCCCGAGGACCGCUCCAAGAUCAUUGAGGCGGUCAAGGGUAAGGUUCUUCCUUACUCCAAGCACAAGUUCGCUUCCAACGUGGUGGAGAAGUGCAUUAUUCACGGCACCACCGAGGAGAAGCAUACUGUCUUGGAGGAGAUGGUCGAGGUUAAGGAGGAUGGCGCUAACCCCCUGUUGUUGAUGAUUAAGGAUCAGUAUGCCAAUUAUGUUGUGCAGAAGAUGCUUGAUAUUUCGGAGGGUGAUCAGAGGGAGAUGUUGGUUGGUAAGAUUCGGCCGCAUUUGCAGAACCUGAAGAAGUACAGCUACGGAAAGCACUUGGUCAGCAUCGAGAAAUUGAUGGCCUUGUCUAUCGACGCUGAGGAGCAGGAGGAGACCAACGGCGAGCAGCAGGAGGAGACCCCUGCUGUCAACGGCGAGGCCGAAAAAGAGGAGGAGACCAAGGAGGUCGAGACGAACGGCGACGAUAAGGAGGAGCAAAAAGAGGAGGAGACGACGGCUUAAGAUAUAAUGUGAUGGUUCCUUUCGUUUUGGAUGGUCUUUUUUCGGCGUUUAGGGAUUUUGUAAGCUGUAUACGUACAUAG